UGCCGCCCACGCAUGAAGUCGUCGAGCCCGAGCCCGCUGCCCAAGAGCCACGGCGUCCCGACGUUUGUGCAGAGCUUGUACACGAUGCUCGCGGUCGAGGACCCGGCGGUGCUCGCCUGGACUGGCGACGGCCUUGCAUUCGAGAUCCGCGACCAAGACAAGCUCGCGACGUCGAUCUUGCCGCGCUACUUUCGCCACGCCAAGUACCCGUCCUUCCAGCGCCAGCUCAACUACUUUGGCUUCCGCAAGUGGUCCAAGCAAAAGGCCGCCGUGUGCACGUAUGGCUGCCCGUUCUUCACGCGCGACGCGCCGCAGCUCCUUCCGCACGUCUCGCGGCGACCACGCCAGGCGCCAUCAAUGGCCAUGGAGAAGCAACAACACGGACUGUCGUCGCCCACGAUGGAGCUGCCGCCCACUGACGGCCUCACGACGUUCCUCGACGUGGACAUGGACGACCUCUGCUGGAUACUGACCGAGUAA